UGAAAAUUUUAGUGAUUCGGAAAUUAUCGUUUGCGAUGGAGUCAUAUUUUUGCGUAACAAAUUCUGAUUAUAACUCCGUUGAAAACUCCUUGAAAUUAUGUCAUUUGUUUACCUCUUUCCAAUUCAGUCGUGUUCAAUGCAGAAAAGUCUCUAUCGUUUGACGAAAUUCGCCUGAGAAUUGUUAUUGUUAGGAAAAAUUUGUCGAUUCGGGAGACAUCUUGUGUUGAAAAUCCAGCAAGUUGUGCGCCUUGUCUGAUUUUGUCUUUCACGUGAAAAGUAAGCAAAUUUAGAUCAGUGCAAUAAACGUCCGCAAUCAUGGACGUGUCGUGGGAUGCAGACAACUUCGAACCAAAACUCCCGACCACGUUGACAUCAUCCAACAAAUGGGAAGGAGAGGACGAGGAUGAUACUGUCAAGCUCACUUUACAGGACAGCUGGGAGGACGAGGAGGAAGAGAAGAAAGAUGAGGAGAAAAAGGAGAGCACUCCGACUCCCUUACCAACGAAGCCUAAAAAGAAAAUACUUGAAAAAAUCGCUGAAAAAGAGCGUCUAGAGCAAGCGGCUGAGAAGGAGGAGGAAUUGACGCCAGAACAGAAGGCUGCAGAGAAGCUCCGGCGCCAGAAAUUGCAGGAGGAGUCUGAUUUGAGGCUUGCCAUGGAAACAUUUGGCAUAGAGAGUGGUGGCUCGGGCAAGCUGGACGGCUUCAACCCCACCACAAAGGAGGAGUUCACAGAGUUUGCCGACUUGCUCUGCACUAAAAUCAACUUGUACAAGAACAGGGAGGAGUUCCCCGCCUUUGUUGAUGAACUGGUCAAAAAUAUUAUUUUACAAAUGGCAUCUGCUGACAUAAAAAGAAUAAAAUUGACAGUGGACAACCUUUACAUUGAGAAACAGAAGGCAGAAAAGAAUGAAAAGUCAAAGAAGCCCAACAAGGGCAAAGGAAAGGCCAAAUUAAAAGUGGAAGGCGAUAAUGCUCAUCUCAACCAAUAUGACGCAUACGGCAACUACGACGACGAUUACGACGAUUUCAUGUAAACACACAAACAUACAUACACACAGCAACGAUACCUGGCCUCUGACUCAAAGAGAUCACAUCACUUUCAAUGUGAAACUCAUCGGUAACUUGUUUAUCUACUUUUGGAAGUCUGUUUAGUCUUGCAUGUAUGGGUAAGGUUUACAGACAAGAGUUAGACAGUUCACAGUGUGUAAAACUGAAGUUUAUACAUGCAGAGGUAAAUGGACUUUCUGUAGUUUGGAAACACAAACAUAGGGACUACCAUGUUUUUGUUAAUUUUUUUUUUGUUUGCAGCUGUUUUGUGUUCUUUCUUUGCCUAUGUUUAGCGUAAAGCCUAAUUUCUCUGUUUGAAGCAAAAAUUAGUUAAAAACUAAAAUUUCGAAUACCUCAGUAUUUCAAUUCAAUUUUUGAUUAUAUGGCUUGCUGCUGUACCAAUUGGGUACAAUUUACUUCGCCAAUGUCACGUGGUAAGGAAGACACACUUUUAUAGAGGUUGAUCGGUGUAAGCUGGGAAUCAAGUAUUAAUUAUUAUUGUACUAACUAUUUCCUGCUAAUUAAUCAGUUGCCUUAAUUAUGUGGUUUGUUUCCUAUAAUAGUUUUACUGUACUUAAUGGUAACAUUACAGAAUACAAUAACAAAUAUAUAGCAAACUUUAAUUAAUAAAAAAUUGUAAUAAAUAUUAAUUACUUUUUUUUUAACAAUCUAAGCUGGGAUCAGAAAUCGUAAAACAAAAUAACAAGCAUACAAAUUUAAAAUUAUGUUUGACAUUAAAAGUGAUGUGACUAAAUAUAUUUUUCUAUAAUAAUCACAAUAAUGUAUAUAAAAUGCUUCGACUCGAAUUCAUAUAUUUCAAAAUUAAAUUAUUUUAAUGUGUUGUAAAUACAUCCAUCUGGUAUGGAUUUUUAAUAAUUUAUGAUUAUUUUUAUGGAAUUCAUAGCGUUUUUGCAGUAGGUAUAUGUGACGAAAAUAUCUAGAUAACUUAUGGUAUUCAUGGGUAUUCACAUCGGUCUCCCAUUAAAAAGUGGAUGCACAAUCAGCGACCAAAAAAUGUCCUUACUCAAUGAGUGCCAAACACAACUUCUUCUUCUUCUUCUUCUUCUUCUUCAUUUGCAAAUUUAACCUUAAACUCAAUGCUUGAGGUUGAAUUUGGGAUUUUAUUGAUUAAUGGUCUAUAUUUAAAAGCUUUUAGGUAUAAUUUUCUUUACCAAUAAUCCUAAAACUGUCAAAGCAAAAUUGGCCAGUUUUAAGUGAAAUUUUCUACAUGAUUGUGCGUACUUUUAUUAUAAGAGAUCAAUAGGUAAUUCAACAUAAAACUAUUGUUGUAUAAACCGUUUUUUUUUUAAUUUAUCUUUUUAAAUAUUGGCCUACAACUUACUGAAGUUUUUUAUAGAAGACCUCAAAAACUAUAAAAUAGUUUUGCAAAGUCUACCUAAUGCAACUCAUUUUAAAGGAUAUCUGUACUAUCAAAUAGUGUAUUAAUACAAAUUUAAUCUCUAACUUAAGGUGUAUUAGGUUGAUUUUACCAUGUUUUUUUUUCUAUUCUUGAACUAUAUACCUACAUAAAACCUUUAAAAAUAUCACAAAAACACCUAAAAAUUUUAAUAAGUUAUUGAAAGAAAUUGCAAAAUUAAAUUUGUAUAUAAUGAUUUUGAAUUUAUAUUUACUUUGAAAUUUCGAGUCCUAUGUAAACUAAGUUUGUUAUCUAAGUACAUUUUAUUGUAUAACCUCGUUUUUUUUCAUUCAGUCAUGUCUCCAAUUGCUUUUUUAAUUUCUUGAAAUUGUAUUUUUAGUCUAGGACUGAUAAAUUAAUAAUAAAUAAUAUUGUCAUCACAUUUAUUUUUAAUAUAUUAGGGAACAUGCACACAGUCAGUAAUAAUAUUGACUAUAUUAUUGAAUGUGUGUAGACACCCUUAUAGUCAUAUGUCUUCAGAGGACAGGUAUCAUAUUGGUUCAUACACAGUUUGAAAUUUGAACAUUAAAAUGUAUUCUAUUGAAUUUCUUUAAAAUAUCAUUAUUUUUAGUGAAGAAGUGACAAUUUUUAUGACGUUACAUGGUCAAACAAGCUGUGCAAUACAAGAUUUUAGGUGUCAGCGGUAACGUAGCGGCGGCGGUGGGGCAUCACUCCGCGCGCUGCUCAUUUCGGAGACGUCAUAAAGAUUGCAUCCGAUUAUAUAUAUUGUCCAAAAUAUUUUUGUAAAAUUCUUUGGACUACGUAAUUUACCCUCUAUGCAUUGAAAGAAGAAAUAUCAUGUCAAUGUCUGAGGGUUUCCUAUAAUCAUGUUAUAUGUACUAUCAUUCAAGUGUACAUCUAGUCUUACGAUUUGUUAGAUUGCUAUUUACAGUGGAAUUCAGUCGUUGUAGGGGUACCCCCAGGGGACCAUUCACCCGCUUAGUGUUGAAUUCUCAAACAUGAGAGUUUUACUUUGAUUCUCAGCGGGUGAACAAUCCCCUAGGGGCGCUCCCACAAUGUCUGAAUUCCACUGUUAGACAAAUUCCAUUUUAACUUUGGCACGCCAUUGGGAGUAGUAAACUAGACUGAAGAGUUUAAAUUCGACACUCAGCGGGUGAAUGAUCCCCUGGGGGCGCCCCACAAUGUCUGAAUUCCACUGUUAGACAUAUUCCUUUUUACGUCUAGACUUAGACUUAGACUGGGUCCAAUGGUUAAUUUUAUGAACUGAAUUGUUUCAUUUAUCUAGUUGCAAGUAAGAGUGUGAUUUCAAUAGUCAUUACUUUUAUUUAUAAUCUAUUUUUUACAGGCAAAGGUUGCUGGGCAUACAGCCUGUUAACCUUUAUUGAUUUAGUUAGUGAAAAAAAAAAUUAAAAUAAUACUGUUUUUGUUACUAAUUUAUUAGGAUAUUUUGUCAAGUGUCUAAACUGUGUAUGAAUCAAACAUCACCAUACAAACAACAAGCCAUGUAUCGUAUAAUAUACGCAUAUUUUGUAAUAUACUAUCGUUUCAUCCACGGUUACGGUCCGAUGUUAUGUUAUAUAGAUAAUAAAUUUUUUUAUUGUGAUA